AUGGGAUAUACCCCGAAUUCAUUAAACACGCUGGUCCCAGAGUACAGGAGUGGCUACCUAGACACAACAAACAUUUUAAAACAGUUCAAAAGGGCUAAAGUUAUCGCACUUCUAAAACCGGGAAAGUCUGGAACCGAGGCUGUAGACUACCGCCCAAUCUUGUUGCUAAGCAUCCCAUACAAGAUCUUGGAGAGAUUCAUCCUGGAGAGAAUACAGCCUCAUAUUGACGAGAUUAUUCCGGUAGAGCAAGCGGGCUUCAGAAACAACAGAAGUUGCGAAGAACAGGUCCUCGCCUUAACAACACUAAUUGAAGCCGGCUUUCAGAAGAAGUUAAAAACCAGCGUAGCCUUCAUUGACUUCUCUGCUGCGUAUGACACGGUCUGGAGACAUGGAUUACUGUACAAGUUUAGUAAGGUUAUCAAUUGCAGUAAGUUAAUGGGGUUCCUAGAAGGAAUCCUUGCAAAUCGACGUUUCCAAGUUUACUUAGGUAAUAAAGGGAGCAGAUGGAGGACAGUGAAUAAUGGCUCCCUCAAGGUUCAGUCCUUGCCCCAACAUUGUUUAACCUUUACAUGUACGAUAUCCCAGUGACAGAAGGGCUUAAGUUCCAAUUUGCGGAUGACAUAGCAAUAGCGUUCCAAUGUAAAGAUUUAAAAGACGGCAGUGCAAUCUUAACCAAAGAUUUAGAGUUAAUGAAAACAUACUUCCGCAAUUGGCGCCUAAAGCCAAACCCUAUUAAAACAGAGGUUUGUGCAUUUCAUCUAAACAACAGACAAGCGCAUGACAAACUUGAGGUUGAAUUUGACGGUAUAAGUGUAAAGCAUAAUUAUAUGCCUAAAUAUUUGGGUAUAGCGCUAGACCGCUCGCUUACAUUUAAUGAGUAUUUAAGUACCCUCAGUAAAAAGAUCAGGUCCCGGGUUANAGUAGGUAUAAUACAGAGAUAUAUAUUUAAUAAAUAAUAAAUAAUUAUAUUAAAACAUUUAAUUUUUUAUUCGUUAAAAUUACAAUUUAUCAUUUUUGUCAUAUUGGCGAUAAACAGUAGACUAUCGACAGACAACAGUGCAUUAUUUGAAACGCAGUGUACAAAACCUGUCGAUAGAUCCGGGAGGGAAUAAAUGGAUAGUGUUGCGGCGUGGGGAUGCGCAGUAGCGCUUCGAUUUGGUCGGAGAGCGGACCGUUCUCUCCUGGGACAGACUAUAAAUAUUUGGGUAUAGCGCUAGACCGCUCGCUUACAUUUAAUGAGCAUUUAAGUAUCCUCAGUAAAAAGAUCAGGUCCCGGGUUAACCUGGUACAAAUGCUUGCUGGAACAGGCUGGGGUGCCGAUGCUAAGACCUUACGGGUAGUAGCAUUAAGCCUAGUUUAUAGAACAGCAAAGUAUGGGUCCCAAGUUUGGUGUAAUAGCACACAUGUAAGCAGAAUAGAUACGUAGCUCAAUAGCGUAAUGAGAGUAAUAAGCGGGACAGUUAAAUCUACACCACUGCAAUGGCUACCGGCACUGGCAAAUAUUAAACCACCACACAUUCGUUGGAAAGAUGCACUUGUAAAAACCAUUAAGAAAUCUGUAGAUUACAAGAGUUCACUUUUAUACCAGAUGAUGCUUCAAACACCCAAUCAACGAUUAAAAUCCAGGAGCCCACCUGUUGUGUACGCCAGAACACUGAUAAGUUUAGGGUUUGAUAGCGCCGAGGAAUGGCGAAAAGAAUGGGCAAGCUAUACAGCAUCAAAUAUGAAGCUACUAUGUGACCUAAUAAUGGAGUUCUAG